GCCGUUUGUUAUUACAACGUAUUAACUUGCAGCCUUGCUUUUAAUCAAAACUGUCAUCAGUAGCCACCCUGUUCCCCUAAUGGACGUCGUGUCCGUUUACAGUAGCGAGGAAACCAGUCUUACCUUGCUUUGCUGAUGAAUGGAGUAGACUGAGUAAAGGCUCUUUACCUAGCUUACUAGGAAAUUUGGUGCUCUUUCAACUGAUUUAUCUCUUCUUGGUGUUAUAAAAAAGGCCAAUCGUUGGCGCAAAAAAUUGAAAUGGAAGAAGCGGAUAAGGUAAGUGGGAGAUCUGUUUGUGUUUAUCAAAAUGCCACUACCUCGUGGUUCUAUAACAUCCCAUUUUCAGGCGAAUGAAUUUAAGCAAUUGUGCUUUACAUUCAUUGUGCAUUCGUGAGAAAUCGCUACCAAACAGACUUUGCUUAUUUGAAAGGCUGCACUCGGUGCUUUACUAAAGACCACAGAAAUGUUCUUAAAGCUUGACUUCCGCAAAAAAGAAAAAAAAAUCAUUUUCCCCACGUAAAAUUCCGGACUCCGAAACAAAACGACUACUAAACAACUGGGCAGCCCGGGUAAAUCUGCAAUUUGAAAGACUGACACCAUGGUAGCAAUUUUUUUCCGCGAGAUGUAUGAACUUGGGGCUGCAUUCAAUGUCUUGUGGCAGUCGGAAGACAAUUUGAAGUGAGUUAUAUUGCCACGUUUCGGUACCUUUGUUGCCCUAGACAAGCUUAGCUUUAGACAGCAGAGAGACUGAACCCCUUCGAUUCGUUCCACCUACGGCCUCCAUCCUGUAGCCUACCAGAAUGUCAAAAAUAUCGAUAAUCAAAUAAAAUUUGUGUUGAAAGCUGAAACAACACAAUACCACUUGGCGAAGUUCACUUCUGUAUAAUGUUCUCAAUACUGACUCAAAACCAAGUAGGUCAAGUAGUUGUUAGAUAUGAAAGCUACAAUAGCCACAAAAGCAUUUAAAUUUUGCAAUAGAGCGACUUUUCUCUGAAAUCGUCGUUGCGUUCUUAAGGGUCUAAAGGACUUUCCAAACUUGUUAUCAAGGUCUUUCUCUGUUUAAUGCAUUAUUAAACGUUUUUUUCUACUUGAAAUUCCAUACAAUCCGGAAAAGCUGGAGAUUGUGUUCGUGAAAGAAUGUUCGUUAUAUCCGAUGACGAAAAUUAUACUCCAAUAAUGACAAAUUAUCAGUGCAGGAAAUAACUUUUAAGAAAGGUUAAUACCCCUGAAUUUCGAUUAAUUUCAGCCCCGGUGGAGCUUACCUGUUAAAAAUAUGGCUUAGGGGUAAAAAUAUGGCUUGUGGUGGUCUACGUAAGAGAAAUGGGGUCUUAGAGUAGCAUAAUGGAUUUAGCGGAUCCACAUUUAACAAUGUGUCUAUACGCAUUAUCCGGAAACUCUGGAAAUCUACAAACCUUAUUUUCAAGAAGCACAAUAUAAAGGUUCGAUAUGGGUAAUUCAUUACGAUAUAUUGCUUGAACGCGAGUUAUAUUUCCUUUAGAGUUCACGUAUCCUGACUCUAUGUAAAUCCAGUCACCUAGCUACAUCCUCUACGUUCUCUCACAAAAAAGAAGUCAGCAAAGGAUUAUCAGUUAGUAGGAAAGAGAUUUUAAGUGCACGGAUUUGUUCACCUGCAAAUCUACCUGCCACAAAAUCCCACAAGGUUUGCUUUCUUUGUUUGUUUACGUGGCGGUGGUUUAUGAAACAUUUAUGGCAGACCGCGGUGCGGUUUUCACCAAGGCAUCUCUAAAAAAAAACGCUUUAUAGCUUUGUCAAAUAAUUAACUUACCAUACGUAUAUAAAGCUUUAUUAUCAAUUUCUAGGGCAAGGAUAUAUUUUUUACAGGUCGCCUGACCUUGAGGAAUAUUUGCUUUGUCGCAUGUGAGUUAAUGUGUUUGUAAUAUUCUUUUAAACUUAAACAUAAUCGUUUCGAGAGACUGAUAAUCGAAUUAUCUCAUUCCAAAGUCUGAUUCAAUACAUUUCUAACUUUUAUAUCUGCGGACGAAAUCUUGUGGAGUUACCCUUCUAAUGAAACCAGUUUGGCAGUAAUUUCACGUAGCAAACGCCUUUUGAGGGGUUGUUUAAAAUAUUGUUAAAUUUUCCUCAUUAUUAUUAUUAUUUUUGCUGUGGAUACUAUCUAUUAUUAGUCUGAAUGAUCACCAUCAUCUAUAUCAGAACUACUAGCCGGCUAUCUCUGUCAGGAGGCUACGAUUAAUCAGAGACACCUAUCAUGCUUAAAUUACAGGUUAAAUAUAUACAUUAAAAAAAACAUUAUUUGAUAGUAUUUCACCAAGAGUAGUAUUCAACAGUAACCUUAAAGUAAACAAAUAUUAUAUUAACAAACGCAGCAUAAUGAUAUGAAAACAUUACAAAGUUAUCAACAACGCUGUUCAAAUUACAAUAAUUUCGAGAGCAUGAUUUACAAGUAAAAUGAAAGAACACGCGAAGGCAAUAUCAUAUACAUUGAAAUUAACGUAUUUUAAUAGUAUUCCGUUUCUCCCCGACUUGUCUCCCUACGCAGCCGUCCCAUACUCUUAAAAGUGAAUUGUCCAUUGAGUUUGUUAAAACCUUACUUACUUAAAUUUUGUUCUUGAAAACAAAUAAUUGAUUUAUUGUGUUCCUAAAGCCAAUCGCACUGAAUAUUUAGAAAAUCCGUUUAUUUCAAGCUUCAUCGAUGAAAUACACGUAACUCCUGCCAACCAUUAAAUUUCCUGCAUUUUGUCGCAGCUUUUUUAUCUGUGUUUGUUACAAACUUUGUCUUGAUUUUAAUUGAUACCAAUCACACUGGCGAUGUUUAAUGUCGUAACAAUGCCCUUGUGUCAAUUUUACUCGGAGAUUGUGCUGUUUAUUGGAAAACAGAGAAUGGAGCUUUAUUACAAAGAACCCGUUCUUUAGAUUUGCAUAAUUUUUUCACGCUAACAACUCCAUCGUGUGAGAGAAGUAUAGGAUAUUCAAUUUAUAACCAUUGCAACGACAGGUUAGUAACUAAUUUGGGGAGAAAGAGUCACAGUCUAUUUACAGUACUAGCAAGCAAAGAGUGCUAUUUCUCGAUAUUUCUUGGGAUUCACAAAUGGGCGGUAGAAAGUUAAAUAUUAAACAGAUAUAGAAUAAUAUAAUCGGUACUCUUCGGAAAUUAUACGCUACUUGUUUUAGCUAAAAUAUUAAUAUCUGACUCUACUUAAAGCUGAAAUAUCUACCUUAUCAGAGUAAUAUCUGCUCUUUUGAUCUGAUAGAUUUUGACGGACGACACGAACUAUUUGUUAGUGUAUAUGAUCGCCCGUGGACGACUGAUUACGCUUGUACGCUUGCGUUCAAUCCCAUUUGUCCACGAAUUCUUCGGGGACUGUCUUGGAAAUAUUAUUGGGGGAUUAAAGAGGCUUCUCCCAUGGAGGGAGGAAGAUACUAGAAGGCAGAUCAUCCUCGCGCCAUAUGUUUUCUGUAUUUAGUUUAAAUGCAAAACGUUGUACUUGUCCCUAGCGCUAGGAUCUUCCUUGCAGUGAGGUAGGAAUUAAAGAUCCUAGCACCAGGAAGAUCCUAGCACCAAGUAAACUGCUUUCACUAGUAGGAAGAUCCUAGUGUUAGGUACAAACCACACAAAAAUAGCUGCGGGCCGUUCAAUGGGUUAUCUUCAAUCUUUAAUUCCUCCUCUACUGUUAACCAAACAGACAGAAAAUUCUGCACGUAAACCCAACGAAAAGUUGUUCCGUCUUAUAGGAUCUUCCUCCAGCUCUCUUUAUGUAAAAAGCCCCUAAGUAUACAUCAAAUAGGUGUAUUCGGUGGUAGCUUUAACAAAUUAACGAGAUUCAAACGAUUAUAGCCACUAUUAAUUUGAUAUUUUUGGCCGAUUCAAGUAAAACUACUCUGUCCUACCUUAAGCUUAGCUGUUUAGACAAUCUUUUGCAUACAGCAGACCUUGCUAGACAGUUUGUAGUCACGCUUCGGUAAGACAAAGUCGGAUCAAUGGAAGUUUCUGGGUAAAUGAUCGACCGCUUACCCCUUCCCUUAGUCAACAUUGACACUUACUUCUCACUUGGGGCAAAAUUGUGAAUUAGGGGAGGGGUAGGUGGUAAGUUAUCCAGAAACCUCAAUUAAUCCACAAAGUCCUUUGAGUCCUUUUUCUUGGCAAUUCUGUGUUACUUAAAUGAGGUGUGGUCUUAUUGAAAUGAUUCUUAAAUGAUAAUGAUGACGAUGACGAUAUUGAUGAUGAUGAUGAUGAUGAUGAUGACGACGACCAAAAAGAGGAUGAUGAUGAUGAUUUGGUAACAUUCCAUUGAUUUCUUUCAGCUUGUUUACUCCAAUGCAACUGACACCAUGUCUGAAUCGCACUUGUUAGCACCUCCUCAGGAGCCGUCGCGCAACUAUCGCUCCCACUCCCUGAAAACACAGAGUCAGCCCUUCCUGUUUCCACCCCGAACUAAGCGACGUACCCUGAGUCUUCCAUCGACCAAACCAAUCAUCCCGCCCUUCAUUGUCAUAAGCGAUUACCAAGGCAACAAUGUAAGUGAACGCGAAGAUGGAGAAUUAAGAUGUGAAUAUCACAAGGAAUGCAUGGGUAAGUUUUUUUUUGUGCGUGUAUGUCCGCGUGAUUUCGUUUUCUCGUUCAGAGACUGUAGACAGUCAGUUUCAGUUUAAGAAUAUGUGCUUUUAAGAUUCCAAAAAACAUGGCACGUCCAGGAAUGUUUAAGAGAUAUGUAAGUACCAUUAUACUAUUACUAUACCGUCAAAAUCCAUUUCGUUUUUGUUUUCUCAUUUCAAUUGAUAAAUACCGUUUUUGUUUCAGAAAACAACAACGAUAUAUGGUUUGCAUUAAAAAAACACUGGUCGUUGUAGUAAACCGACACCAUAAUGCAUACAUGUUUGGUCAAUUUCUAAUAUCAAAAUUAAACGCGUUAUUUUUCGUUAUCCCUCUUCUUUUCAGCGUGGUACACGCCCGUACUUGGUUUUUCUUGUAGUGUUCUGAUUUACUUCUGCUCAUGCGCACUGGCCUACUAUUCAAAAGCAAGUUAACCACUAGUAUGUUUUCGUAUUUCGUGACUUCAUUUAUUUAUGGAUUUCCUGAAACGUCCAGUUCCACGAAUUUUUGCCGCUCUGUAUCGCUGGGUCAUCGCUGACGUUUAAAGGUGAAGCAGUCAUCUUGUGUUCUCGUCCCAAACAUUGCUGGCCACAUAAUUCCAGUCAGAGCUCUCACCAUCUCGUGUCCAAUCAUGCUGGCGUAAACCUUUACUGGAAGGUGCAGGGCAUUCUUACAGGAGGAUGGCAAUAGGUUUGGUCUGGGACUGAACUUGUCAUAAGGAUGCUUGUUAUAACAAGAACAACACGUUUUAUUGAAAUUCAACAUUAUAACUGAUGAAAUCAUUUUCCCACCCACAAAAAGCCUAGAGAGAGAGGGGAGAGGAAAGAUCUAUUUACAAUACAAGGUUCUAUUAGUUGGACUAAAUAAUAAUAAAGACACUACAAUA